AUGGUGAGAGGACUAGCAAAGAGGGGGCCCGAGGUCAUGGAACGGCACUGCUGUGCUCAAGGACAAGGAAGUGUGCAUAGUGCUGAUGUGGACGCUGACCAGCAUGCAGUGUUUUCGUGGCAACUCCCGGUGUCAUUCGUCACAUGUGUCCAACUCGAGCGUGGUCCAGCCCGCAGGAUUGGUCGUGUCUGUGUGUGUGUGCGUGUGUAUGUGUCUGCGUGUGUUCUGUAUGUACCUGAGCUCAUGUCUUUGUUGGAGGCUGCUGGCUCCCGAUCGCAGAGACAUUUUGGCUUGGAUCUCUUUCCGGGCCAAGUAGCUGCCUGCCCCGAGUUUCUGAGCGGAGUGUUGAUAGUGCUGAGUCGCCUGCUUGGUCACCUGGUGCCCUCCCAAGGGGGGCAGCACCUUCUGAUGGGGAGAGCACGAAACAGCCAGGCGAUCAGCUCUAUGGCGACUGGGCUGUGGGCUUGUGGGCACCGCAGGAGCUGCAGAAAUUGUGGGUGUCGUGCAUGCAACCCGCAAGAGAGAAGAUCAACACUGUGUAGUUGCUUCUGUGAGGGGACGUGUGACAGGACGUUCAGAUUCGUGUCACCUACUGGGCAGAAUGGGGAGUAUCAUAGAUGGGCAGGUGGUGGGGAGGCGGGGGAAGGGCAGGGCUGCUGGGUUGGGAGGUAG